UUGGCGCAUGCGUCCUCAACUCGCCCUCUCACGCUGCGGUGGGAGCGUUCUGACCCGGGGGAGCCUCGGAGCGUCUGGCAGAAUGUCUAAUGCAAAAGAAAGAAAACAUGCUAAGAAAAUGAGAAACCAGCCCACUAGUGUGACUUUAUCCUCUGGCUUUGUGUCCGACCGAGGUGGAAAGCAUCAUUUUGGAGGGGGGAGGCCUUCCCAAUCUCAAAAACAAGAGCUUCAUUCUGAAGCUUCACAGCAGUGGCAAAUCAAGAUGAGCCCUCAUGUGCUUCCUGAGUCUGAUGUGAGUGAGCAGUCUUCCUCCAAAACCAUGUUUAAGAAGAAAGGAGGCUGGAAAGCCGGCCCUGAGGGCACAUCUCAGGAGAUCCCCAAAUACAUAACUGCCUCGACGUUUGCUCAGGCACGAGCUGCUGAAAUCAGUGCUAUGUUAAAAGCUGUGGCCCAGAAGUCAUCUAAUUCACUGGUUUUCCAGACUCUUCCACGGCACAUGCGACGAAGAGCCAUGAGCCACAAUGUCAAACGCCUUCCUAGACGGUUACAGGAGAUAGCCAAAAAAGAGGCAGAGAAAGCUACUCAUCAGAAGAAAGAACAUUCAAAAAAUAAAUGCCACAAAGCCCGAAGAUGUCACGUAAACCGGACGCUGGAGUUUAAUCACAGACAAAAGAAGAACAUAUGGUUAGAGACUCACAUCUGGCAUGCCAAACGCUUUCACAUGGUGAAGAAGUGGGGCUACUGCCUUGGGGAGAGGCCCACAGCCAAGAGCCACCGAGCCUGCUAUCGUGCCAUGACAAGUCUCUGCCUCCUGCAGGACUUAUCGUAUUACUGUUGUUUGGAGUUGAAAGGCCAAGAAGAAGAACUACUGAAGGCACUUUCUCAGAUGUGUAGCACAGAUACAGGACUGACUUUUGCUGCAGUUCACUGCUUGUCUGGGAAGCGGCAAGGGAGUCUCGUGCUUUACCGGGCAAAUAAGUAUCCCAGAGAAAUGCUUGGGCCUGUAACGUUUGUUUGGAAGUCUAAGAAGACCCCCGGGGAUACUUCUGAGGAUAGGCAGUUGUGGAUCUGGCUUCAUCCUACUCUUAAACUGGCUGUCCUGGAGGAAAUGAAGACAUUGUGUCAGUGUUCGGAACCCGUCAACUCAAGUGUCUGUGUUCCUGAGCCGCUCCUGACAGCAGCCCAGGAAAGCCAGCCUGAGCCGGCUGACGACAAAAUUGGCAAGAAAAGGAAAAGGAAAGACGACGGGGAAGGUGCUAAAGGAACUAAGAAAACGAUCGGGGGCGGAGCCAGAGACCCGAGCCAGCCACGCUCCUGGGGCUCCGCUGCCACGGGGAUUGUCAUCAGUGAUUUGACAAUGGAGAUGAACAGGUUCCGGCUGAUCGGGCCUCUUUCCCACUGCAUCCUGACCUCGGCACUGAGCGCUGCUCCUCUACACACAGGGGAAGAGGAUGCAGAGGAGACACCCCAUCACUGGUGGAGCGUUGCUUGCAAGAGCCCUGACGGCGUUCUCCUUCAUCGGAGACAAGAAGCGGCGUUCCAGUUGUUGGGAGGGAUAUCAUCACCAGCGGAGAUCCCUGCGGGUACUAUUCUGGGAUUGACAGUUAGGGAUCCGAGAGUCAAUUUGCCCCCACAGCGGUCCAGAGCUUUGCCACAUCCAGAAAGAUACCAAGAUAAUGAGCAAGUUAGACAGCUGCUUCUGGAGGGUGUGCCCGUGGAGUGUGCGCAUAGCUUUAUCUGGAACCGUGACAUCUGUAGGAGUGUCACAGAGAAUAAAAUCUCAGAUCAGGAUUUAAACCGGAUGAGAAGUGAAUUGCUGGUGCCAGGGUCACAGCUUGUUUUAGGGCCUCAUGAAUCCAAGAUACCUAUACUUUUGAUCCAACAGCCAGGAAAAAUGACUGGCGAAGACCGACUGGGCUGGGGAAGUGGCUGGGAUGUCCUCCUUCCCAAGGCUUGGGGCAUGGCUUUCUGGAUUCCAUUUAUCUACCAAGGUGUAAGAGUUGGGGGGUUAAAAGAAGCUACAGUGCAUUCUCAGUAUAGAAGGUCACCUAACAUCCCAGGCGAUUUCCCAGACUGCCUUGCUGGGGCUCUGUUUGCUGAAGAUCAAGCCAAGGAUCUUCUAGAAAACUAUAAAAGACGCCCUCCUGCCAAAAGGCCCAACUAUGUUAAGCUGGGCACACUGGCACCUUUCCACUGUCCCUGGGAGCAGCUGACUCAGGACUGGGAGUCCAGGGUUCAGGCCCAAGAGGCAGCUACUGUAUCCUCCAUGCCUUGUGCUCAAGACCACCCAAGACCACUUGGAGUGGCUGGUGUUGCUGAAGAGAUCUGUCAGUCACCUCAUGAGGCAAGCAUAGCUGAAAACCAACGCACAGGGCCAGAAGUCCCAGGCUUUCCAGCACAGGCAGCGACUGAGAUGGUCCUAGAGCAGAGUGUCAGUGAGAAGCACGCUGCUGCCGCUGGUAGCCAGCUCUGUGUUCUUAGGAGUAGGAAAUUACUAAGACAACUCUCCGCUUGGUGUGGGCCCAGUUCUGAGGCCAGGCGGGCUCCCUGCAGAGGCCAGCAGGAAUUGACCAGAAAGGCCUGUUUGUCCAUCCUGGAUGAUUUCCCCAGAGCCCUGGUGUGGGUCAGCCUGUCCCUGCUCAGGAAGGGCAGCCCGCAGCCUCGCACCAUGAUCUGUGUCCCAUCCAAGGAGGACUUGCUCCAGCUGAGUCAGGAUCAGUGUUUCCAUGGACCCUGGGAAUCCAGACACAGCGAUCCAUUUAAGAGCCUGAUUCUGAAAGAGAAAGAAAAGAAGAAAAUGGAGAAGAGGCAGAACCGAGAACAGGCUGUCUCCAAGGGCCUGGCCGCAGGGGCACCUCCAGCUGGGCGGGAAGCUCUGGUACAGGGGCUGUGGUCAGGCCCCUUCCCAGGACUAACCUCACACUGCUCCAGAGUCCUCCUGGGCUUUGUCACACAGGGAGACUUUUCUAUGGCUGUUGGCUGUGGAGAAGCCUUAGGGUUUGUUAGUGUGACCGGCUUGCUGGAAAUGUUGUCCAGCCAGUCGGCAGCCUCACGGGGCCUGGUGCUGCUUCGACCUCCCACCUCUCUGCAGUAUCGGUUUGCAAGAAUUGCCAUUGAGGUGUGAAUUCAGGUUCACAGCCUGGUUGGACAUGGAUUAUAACUAUUUUUGUCAAAUCCCACAGAGUCCUGGUAGUCUUUGUCUUCUGUUUUAGAAUACAGUGUGCAACUGCUUGGAAACAAGAAUUAAAAUUAUAUAAUUAUGUGGAUGAUGAUCUGUUUACCUUAUCUCAUAAUCUGAGUGUUUCCAUCUUUUCCUGUACUGGGAAUAUGUUUAAUUCUUUAACAUGCUAGUUGAAUACUUUGUAUUAAAGUAUUGUGCCCACCCAACCCUAUCCCCUACCCUUACCCCUGCACACACACUAUUUUUGUUAGGAACAAAAAGCUGUGAGGUCUCUUUGAAAAAAUUUCAGUCAUAUGGUAUGCAACUAUGACUGUUAACAAGUUUUUACUAAAGAGAAGACUAUAGGGAACUGGGGUAUAGCUCAAUGGUCAAGCUUUUGUGUGGAUGAAGCCCCAGGUUUAAGCCUAGCAUCAGAGAGCCAAGGAGACAGGCAGACACUGUAAGUGCCUGGCUUCUGCACAUGAGACCCAGGCUGUGUGGA